AUGGCGGCACCCAGCGUUUCCAAAAGGUUCGCUGUGGGCACGGGCAGCCUUCUGCCGCAAAAGAAACAUAUUACGACAACAGCAGCAAGUAAAGAAGUCAUGGAAAAGGAAGAUAUUACCAAGAGAAAGUUGGACGAAUUGUCUAAUCAAUUUGGCAAAAGGCCAGAGUUUAAUAGACUCAUGUAUAAUGACGACAACGUCCUCAUGACUCUUAACGUGCAGCUUAAAAAUCCGAAGUACAAGGCAAACGUGGACGUAUCAAUGGAAGGCACGACUGCCAUAUGCAAGUACGAAGUUGCCGUGGACGGUGGAGAGACGAUUACCGGAACUGCAACGGCGUUGAGCAAGAAGGCCGCACGUAAAAGUGCUGCUAGGUCUAUUUUGAUGAACUUAGAAAAACCUACAAUCGACGAGCUGGAAGAGAUCACGAAAUGGAUGGUUGCUGGGCAAAAAAGCAACAUCGGGGCUCGAGAAGAGCAUGUGUCUAAAGAUUUCGGACCCUCAGGACACGUGGUCACGUUAAGGUGGAGGGUAGGAAACGAUUCAUUUGAUGGUAAAGGAACCUCAAAUGCAUUGAAACUGGCGGAAUUGUACGCCAUGCAGGAUCUAUAUUGCCAGACGCAGAAACUAGCGCCACAGCAACAUAACAUAACACAAGUGCCCUUAAAACCAAAGGAUGAAAUUGGAAAUGAAACGCAUACAAUCGAAACUUUUUCAAGUAAAGCGGCGAAACAGAUACCUAUAGCUAACGAACUUUCCAAGGAAGAUGCGUGCCAGAUGAACGUCAUGCGACAUGCUGUCGGGACUAAGAUGAAAGUCAAACAACAGGAAGACAUGGUAUCCUCAUUUGGAGGGUUCUCGUGUACUUUAACGUGGACAUGGACUGAUAGCUCUGGUGUGGUGCAGAAAAAAACGGUCACCAAGAAGGGUACUAGCAAGGCGAUGGCAAAGGCAGCUGCAAGCAAAGCGAUGCUAGUAGAAACGGGGGCUAUCGAACCAGUGACCCCGCAAGAAAGCUCCCAAGCAACGAGUAUACGUAAUUUAAUACCAAUGAAUAUUGCGAAGGCCACACAAAUGGCUGUGCCAUUUCUCUUAACUACAAAUUGUAGUGUAUGGAGACUUUUCCUACCCCAACUAAUGGAAGCUAUCGUACAGAGGUGUGACGAACAAUUAUUAGAACCCAUAUUGGAUGCCAUUGCGCAAGCCGACGUCAAAAUGCCGACUGAUAUAUGGGAAUCGCUGCUUUCGCUCGCGAGCACAGCGGUAGAUGAGGAAUUUUGUCGUACCAUUCUUUAUGGGCUAAAGAAUCUGACGCUGGAUCCGAGGCAUUUCCUCUCCACAAGGGCCCUGGAAUACUACAAAUCGCAAAGUUGGUUGUUGUCAUUAGAGUUUAAUGCGGAAAAUUGCUCUAAUCUAGCAUCGAUUCAAGGCAGAGCUGGAAAGGAAGCCAUCAGCGUGCUCUGCGAGCUCACCAAAUCGCAACUCCCACUCUUGUUUCUCAAGGGGGACAUCACGUCGGAGUAUCAAAAAAACCCGCUCAAAGAGGAUGACAUGGUACUGUUGGUACCAUACUCUGACAACUAUCAAUGGGGGCAAGGGUUACUCUGUCUACUCUCGAAACACAAGCACGAAAAUAGUGUUCUCAGCGUCACGUGCAAAGUUAUCAACAGUUUAAAAUGGGAAUCAACCGACGCUAUUUUGAACAACCGAAAGUUUGGAAUUUUUCACGUCACUAGCACCAUCACUAACAAGAGGAUGAUGCAAGCGCUCUUGGCGAUCACACACCGAGUGUUGCCAUUACAUGCGGCUUCUAAUGGUUAUUACUAUGAUAAGGAGCUUCAGCGGAUACUUAUCGAGACGGAGGAGGGUUCGAUAAAGGAAGGCGACAUGAAAAACGUGACCAUACGCACAAACAUACCUUUGACCGAGGCUCAAGCUGAAGCGUGCAGAUGUGCCUUAUCCAAUCCCAUAACUCUAAUACAAGGACCACCGGGAACGGGGAAAACACAGGUGGCAUGUGCAAUCAUCGAUUGCUGGAGGAGGCUUUCGCGUGAAAAAAUACUGGCCGUAGCCGACUCGAAUGUAGCUGCAGAUAAUCUCAUCGAAGGUCUGGCACAACGCGGAAUAAAAGCUUUGAGGAUCGGAUUCGGGUCUGAGUCGCUACUACAGGAAGAGUCGCUGAAGGACCUUAGCAGAUACGAGCGAUAUAGAUCUCUAAGGGCAGCGGGGCUGCAUAAAGAGGCCAACUCAAUGCGUAUGCUUAUGAUUGUUGAAGCUGUGAAGCAGCACCAGGUGAUCAUAGCCACGUGUGUCGGUAGCGGUAAUGACAUUUUAGCCGGAUGCUCGUUCCCAUAUGUGAUCAUAGAUGAGUGCGCACAAUCGAUAGAGGCUAGCAAUCUGAUACCCAUUGGAAAAGGUUGUGAACAACUGGUCCUUAUAGGAGACCACAAGCAGCUGAGACCUACUAUCAUAUCUACCGAAGCAGCGAGUCAGGGGCUGUCCAUCUCGCUAUUGGAGCGUCUGGUUUCCGCCAGAGUGGCACCGGUCCAUCUCCUAGAUGUUCAGAGACGCAUGCACCCAUCAAUAUCGGAAUUUCCGAACAGACACUUUUACAGAGGACUUGUGAGAGAUGCGAUCGAUGAGGAUAGCAGGAAACCAGUAAGGGGGUUCCGGUGGCCGAGCAAAGGUUACAAUGUGGCAUUUGUUGAUGCAAGUGCUGGAGCUCCAAAUGGCCACUUCGAAACCGUCGUUGGCACGUCGAAGUCCAAUGCGCUCGAGGUUGAUAUCCUCCUAAUCAUUCUGAAAUCGAUCAUAGAAGCGCAAGACGUGAAGGAGUCACAGAUUGGUAUUCUUACGCCUUAUGACGCACAAAAAUGGCAGUUAAGGCGUAGAGUCAACCAAAUGGAGGCGGUCAAUGGGCCGAUGAUAGAAAUCGACUCCGUAGACGGAUUCCAGGGCAAGGAAAAGGAACUCAUACUUUUCUCUGCUGUACGAUCAAAUUUGCAGAAGGAUGUUGGAUUUCUCAGAGACCCCCGGAGAAUGAACGUCAUGUUGACCCGCGCACGAAGAGGAUUGAUUAUUGUGGCAGACAAGUACACAAUCAUGAAUGACAACGCCAACUGGAGACCAUAUGUAGAAUAUGUGACGGACAGGUGCAUAGACAUACAUAUCUCGGAACUCAACAUGUUCCUGGACACAACGUCCCCUCGACUAGAAAGCAUAGCAAGGCGAGCGAGGACCGGAUCUUACCCCUGA